ACGGAAUAAGGAGUUUUUUUUUUUUUACCUGCCGUGUGUUUGGCUGACGGGGCGCUGGGAGGAGGAGGCUUCUUUGGUCUCUGGAAACACACACACACACAUAUCUUAGAGUGGAAGCUGUCCCAAUACUUUUGUACUUUUGCAAAUCGUUACCUCUUUCUCGGCUUCCAGCAGCUUGACGAAGUUAUCCGGGAAGACCCCCCUCCUGCCGCCGACCUCCCCCAUCCACCAACCGGCGUCGGCGCACUCCUGCACGGGACACGAGCACACAAGUCGGCGUCCACGGAGCGAGGGCGGAGCUUGAUGGGCUGGUCUUUGAAGAUGUCGCCGAACCCGAAGCCUCUGACCUGACCGAGAAGACCACGAGGAAGGUUCCAGCUCGUCUUCAUGCUGAGGCACGUAGCUGAAUGCUGCUUUGCACCGCCGCUUACGGAUCUGCUCCCCUGGAAUCAAUCAUACUUUCAAACCAGAGUUUAUAUAAUGACGUUUUAAUGGGGGGGGAACAACACAAUGACAAACCUUUCUUGCCCGCUCUCGUGCUGGGUUCAGAAACAGGACUUGCCCGGCCGUUGGAGAGGUCCGAUUUGACCGUACUCGCCUGUCCUCCAUCUCUCUUUGCUUCUUUCUUGAUCUCCUGCAAGAUCACACAGUGAUAGAAUAGGUUAGAGUAGACAACAGUGUUUUUAUUGGGGAAUCAGUUCAAUCAGGGACAUAGCAGUUUUACGUCUCCCCCUAGCGGCCAUCAACAGGAAGGCAGCACUGAUCAGCACUGGCCUGCAUGCAAACUUAUGCCACCAAGCAUCACAAGACGCUACAUGCAUCGAGAUGGAAAAAAAAAAAACAGACAGGACAACAAAUGUGAGCAUGAACGUAAAAGCAAGGAACGAAGGAAGGGGGACAACUUGAGAAAGUGGACAUGACGGGCCACCACAUUCACGCCGCCGCUGUUUCAUAAGCCCUGGCCUGUGGCGAAGACAACCCAAUGAAGCAGAUAAGCUCGGAGAAGAAUGACAACCAGAGAGUCAACCACCACCAGGCACAUGGAGCCAUGUGAAUCUGAUUAGCUGCCAUGCUGAUGUCAUUCGCGCAGACCGGGUCACAUGGUCUACAGCACCGACAAGCAAGGAAAUCACUGUGCACUGCAAGCAUCUGUGUAGAAAGGCUGUAACGUGCAUGCCAGGCCUCUAGGUGGCGGUGUCACUUUAAAGAAACACUGUGCUGUGUUCCACCAUUGCUGUUUUAAUGAGAAAUUGAGGACACAUUCUGUGUCGAAUCAGGCGUUGUUAAAUCGAAGACCAUUUUACCCCUGUUGGCGUGCGUCAUCCUCAAAUGGCUCGUCGUGACGUAUGCGGAAGUGCAGUGUACGUCUUUCUGCUCUCGGGGAAGGAAGGAAGGACACAUCUCGGAGAAGGCGGCAGAGCCAUUAAGGCGGAAGCAUCUUAAAGACUCAAAAUGGAUCGUGUGAAGUCUACAUUCAACAACAUGAUUAAAAGCGUCCAGUACAGCAGGUUCACCCUGCAGCGUGACGAGGAAGCAGACCGACACGUAGAGAUUAAACUGUCCGACGACCCCGCUGAUGACAACACGGAAGUCGGGCAGGGCGACUGCUCUCCGAGUUUCCGGCCCGCGCCCCAGGGCAGAAAUCGACACAUGUGCUUCCUCCAAAUGAUGGGCUUCUUGCUCAUCUUCAUCGCAGGCUAUUUUGUUGCGUACGCCAUCCACCAUCGGUCUGCUGUGGACCCCGUUAGCUGCGGGAAUCAGUCAUCGGCGGUAGCGUUAGGUGACCAGGUGGUGAAAGUGGUGACGGAGAAACCGCAAGAGCAAGAAGUCAACAAAGUGGAGGCUCCGGAGGACGUAGAAGUUCGACUCAACUGGCAGGACAUCGUUCAGCUUCUCGACGACAAACUCACCCGCCAAGCCUUUACCGCACGUCUCAAGGAUUUCGAUGUGCCGACACGCUUGGCGGGCGGCAAAGGCGACAUUCACCAGGGGAACCUCAUCGCUGAGGAAUUCAAGAAACUCGCUCUACAGAGCUGGACAGAUGUUCACUAUGUACAGUUGCAGAAGCCCGACAGGGAACGUCCAAAUACUGUUACCUUUGGUUCCCAAAUCUUCAAACCAGAUGGUUACCUUGCCUAUAGCAAUACUGGAAAAGUGGAGGGGAAGCUGGUGUACGGCUCUUAUGGCCGCCCUGAGGAUCUGGACAAUGUGCAGACUAUGAAGGUUGAGUUGAACGGCAGCGUUUUGCUUCUGCGAGCUGGAAAUCUUAGCUUUGCAGAACAGGUGGCCAAUGCUGAAGCCAGGGGAGCCGCUGCUGUUCUCAUAUACCCUGACCUCGAAGAUUACAGUUACGUUGCUGACACAGCACUUUAUGGCCAUGUUCAUCUGGGCUCAGGCGACCCGUACACUCCGGGAUUUCCUUCCUUUAACCAUACUCAGUUCCCGCCAACGCAGUCUUCCGGUCUGCCCAAAAUUCCGGCUCAGACCAUCACUGCCAACAUGGCGAGGACCCUCCUAGAGACAAUUGGCGGGCCGGGAAACCGUGGAGGAGUGAAGAACAUUACAGUGGAGGUCAACAACGUUCUUGUCAACACAGAGCUCCACAAUGUGUUUGGAGUCAUCAAAGGAGUUGUAGAUCCUGACCAGUAUGUGGUCCUGGGAGCCCAGAGGGACGCCUGGGGGAAAGGCUACGCCCGAGCCGCCGUUGGUUCUUCCGUGUUGCUGGAGCUAGCCAAGGCUAUCAGUGAGAUGGUGAAGAAAGGUGGAUUUCAACCUCGGAGAAGCUUAGUGUUUGCCAGCUGGAGUGCUGGAGAGUACGGAAGCGUCGGCGCUACUGAAUUUUUGGAGGGUUACCUGUCCUCACUUGACAAGAGGAUGUGCACAUAUAUAAGCCUCGAUGGCAUGGUCUGGGGUCGGGGUGGCUUUAUUGCCUCAGCAAGCCCUCUGCUGGAAAGCCUGCUGGAGAACACAAUGAAGCAGGUGCAGAGUCCACUGAAUGGUGGCACCUUGUACGAUAUGGUGGGCGGCACCAAUUGGGAAGCCAAAGUACUGAAGCCCAUGUCCGUAGAUGACCCUGCAUAUCCAUUUUUGGCCUUCGCUGGGAUUCCCUCAAUCUCGUUCCACUUCAUCAACCCCAACGCAAAAACCGAGGCCUACAUGUACUACGGCACCAGCAUGGACAACAUGGACCACCUGAAUUACAACACGGCCCAGCACACCGCAGAAAUGACGUUGCUGGCCGCCCAGUUUACCGGCCGCAUGGCUCUACGGCUGAUCCACGACCGCCUGCUCCCCCUGGACGUGAGCCGAUACAGCAAGGUGGUUUCCAAAGCCUUGCGAAAGGUCCACAGAAAUGUCUACCAGUUGGUCAUGGAUGGUCACUUGAAAGGCGUGGAUCCUGAUUGGCUGGCCAAUGCUCAAGGCAGCUUCCAGCGAGCGGUGGCCAACUUGAAGAUUACCAUUGACCAGACUGACUUAAGCCAAGACCAGUCCUGCCGCCUCCUCAACGAAAAACUCAUGAGCGUGGAGCAGAACCUCCUCUCGCCGUACGUGUCCAUCGCAGAGACCCCUUUCCGUCACAUCCUAAUCGGCCAAGGCCCCCACACUUUAGCGUCCAUCGCAGAGAUGAAUGACAAGAAAACGGAAGAGCUCCACACCCUGCUGGCGUAUGCCACCUGGAACGUGAAGGGUUGUGCCAACGCCAUGAUGAGUGACAUCUGGGAAGAAGACGACGAUUAAAUCUAGACCGUGAGCGUGUAUGUGCGCGUACGUACGUAUGUGUGUGUGUGUCAAACUAAAAGCAGUUGAAAAGUGAAAAGAAAAAUUUUAAAUAGAGCAGGAGGCAAAAAAAAGCACUUAAUGACUGUCCAUCACCGCUCUUAGUCCCGCCUCUUUUAAAGGUGCAAUUUGUAUUAAACACUCCAAACUUAGUGGAAGAAUGAAGGAAAGCUAACUUAGUUUUUACAAAUUGUACCUUUACAGAUGUUUUUUUUUUUGCUUUGGAGGGAGGGGGCUUUCAAGCCCAUCCAACUUUAGAAGAUUAUACUUGAAAAAAAAAAAAAAGAAUGCUACUGAUGAAUCCGCUGCCUCCUCCUCCACACAACACUGAAUCGGUGAGCGCCUCCGCUGUGACCUCUUGCCAUCCAAAACACUGCAGACAUUAUUUAUACAGAAAGUUUUUGCAGUGUAACAACCUCCUUUUUUAUUAUUAUUAUUAUUCUUGUUUUUUUGUAUACGACGUUAUCGGAAGCAGUGCCUUCCAUAAUUAUGACGGUUGUACCGUUUAAUCCAACAGCAGCAUCUGCUACAUGACUCUUCGACUUGUGCUGACAAAACAGAGCGACGCAACCGCUCCUCAACUCUGGCAGCUUUAAAAAAAAAAAAAAAAAAAAUCCCAAAUGACUCGCCGUCUAAUUGAUGUAUGAAACUAGUUAAGUCUAAAAAGUUUAAAUUAAAAAAAAAAAAAAGGAACACAAUAUAAAUGCAAUUGACAACCUGAUUUCCAUGCCGUCAGUUAUCGGGGGGCAGUAUGCCCCAUAAUUAAAACCCAUUAUCGGGAGCAGUGUCUCCCAUAAUGAUAACAAGUGAUGGUAGUUUUUGCCUACCAGUGUGUGUGUGUGUGUGUUUGUAUGUCUUUCUAUGUGUAUUUAUCGGGAGCAGUGCCUCUCAUAUUUCACUCCCAAGGGUGGAACAUGUCUUUAAAUGUGUAUUUAUCGGGAGCAGUGCCUCUCAUAUUUCACUCCCAAGGGUGGAACAACUUAUCGGGGACAGUGUUUCCCAGAGUUUUAUACUUGACAUAUUUAUUACUAUUUGCUUUGUUGUAGUGGGUAGGUGUUGUCCUUCAGAGAUUUCCUGUUUUCUUGCACUUGAUUUAGAUCUAAAUUGAAUUUUUUUUUCAUGCUCCAGCAUUGAAAUUUACUCAGACUGUCACCAUACAGUUAAAUGUAAUAAUUUGUCAAAUAUGAGGGCAGAGAAAGUUUAGCCUGUGUAGCUUUUGUUGCACUUACAACAGAGGGAAACAUAUUUUGUUUUUCUGAUGGUGUUUCUAUGUCUGACCAAGAUGAUAAAUAAACCCCUCAGCAUCGUA